GGGGAGUUUUUCCCAAGUAUAAAUAGCUGUUUGCGUUCUCCCCCCUUUAUCAUAAUAUUUAAUUUUGAAACUCUGAUUUAAAGAGAAAAGGUUUGUUAAUUACUUGUUUAGUUUUAAUAAAAUAUUAUUAACUAUUAAAGCUUGUAGGUUAUCUGUAUAAAUUUCAUUAUUAACAAACAUCAGCAACUUGUUCCUUAAUAAUUACUUUUUCGUGCAGAUCAAUAAUUCGUUUGAUAAGAUCAUGAUUGUUUUUCAGACGGGGUAACGAGAUGAAUAAUGUACAGGCUUUAGCAAAGGCUGGAGCUAUUGGGAUAUGCUCCAUUAUAACUUGCUGCUUUGGAUUUUUCUUCAUUAUACCUGGUAUAGCGUUAACGGCUUCUUCGAAUGACGAACAUUUUGACAGUGAUUUUUUUGAGGAAAGCAACAGAGGAAUGAGAGUUGCCGGGGGUGUCCUUCUAGCUCUUGGUAUUUUAUGCGCUAUUGUUGGAGUAACUAUGUGCUGUUUUGCAUGUAAAGCUAUUAAAUCUAAACAAGCGCAACCCGGAGUUAUCAUUACCCAAGGACCAACUAUAAGCGGACAAGGUCCCCAAGGUCCUGUAUAUACUCAACAACAGUAUGCCCAAUAUCAUUAUGGGCAACCUGGAUUACCACCUCAGCAGUAUGGUGAACAGAUACCUCCACAAAGUAUGCCCCCUCCAUCAGGCGUACCUCCCCAUCCUGGUAUGCCUCCUCAACCAAACAACUAUUCCAAUCCCUAUCAGCAACCUCCACCAUUUAAUCCGGAAUACAACAAUCAGCCAGUGGGUCAACCACCUCAGUACAACGACAUUAUGAAGCAGUGA